AUGGUAAGGGACAGAUAUAGAAACCAACCAUUUGAUGAUUUGAAAUUGAGACUUAUUGCAGACAGAACAAAAGAUGGAAGGAUAUACAAUGUUCCCAAUGUUUUAAAAGUUGUAGCCCUUAUUGUUGGAGAUGUUGAUACUGCUUCAAGUAGAGACAUCAUAAUGGAAAAGCAAUCUGAAAAAUUACAAAGAAUAAAUGAAUUGCACACAAGCUACCUAGGGUUUCAAUAUCCUUUACUAUUUCCAUAUGGGGAAGAUGGAUAUAGACUGACAAUUAGGGAGUGGUUUUGUUUUAGGUUGCAAACAAGACACUCAGAAGCAUUAACUUUGGUUACAUCUAGACAACUUUUUCAACAAUUCAUUGUUGAUGGAUAUACAAUGAUGGAAUCCAAAAGAUUGUCGUUCAUUAAAUAUAAUCAAUCUAAGUUAAGGGUUGAUAAAUAUAAUAACAUCUGUCAAGCUUCAGGUAGUUCACAAAGCCAAGGAUCACAACAAGGAAAGAGGGUUGUUCUUCCUUCAUCUUUUAUUGGUAGUAGAAGAUUUAUGGACCAACUGUAUUUUGAUGGAAUGGCAUUUUGUAGUUAUAUGGGAUUUCCAUAUCUCUUCAUAACUUUCAUGUGCAAUCCUAAAUGGCCAAAAAUCACUAGAGCAUUGAAAAAGUUAAAGUUAUCCUCAACCGAUCGUCCUGAUAUAGUUUCAAGGGUCUUCAAGAUUAAAUUUGAACUUCUCAUAGAUCUUACCAAAAAUCAUUUAUUGGGCCGAACUAUUGCAUUCAUGUAUACUAUAGAAUUUCAAAAGUGCGGCCUAACUCCUGAUGAUAUUGACAAAGUGUUUUCUGCUAAAAUCUCGUGUCCAAUAACAUGUCCUAAAUUACAUCAAUGUGUUCUAGAUCACAUGAUACACGGUCCUUGUGGUACUAUAAACAGAUCCUUUCCUUGCAUGAAAAAUGGAAAAUGCUCGCGCCUAUAUCUCAAAAACUUUCAGAACACCACCAGUGUAUCAGAAGAUGGAUAUCCACAUUAUCGUAGAAGGAACGAUUCAUUAACUAUGACAAAGAAUGGUGUUUGCCUUGAUAACCGUUCUGUGGUUCCUUACAACCCUGAACUACUUCUUAAGUACCAAGCACAUAUAAAUGUAGAAUGGUGUAAUCGCAUUACAUCGAUCAAGUACUUAUUUAAGUAUAUCAACAAAGGUUACGAUAGAAUAACAGCUGCCAUAGUUCCACAACAGAACGAAGCAUGUUUGAAGAAACAACUAGUAGAUGAAAUCAAACAAUAUCUGGACUACAGAUAUGUAUCUCCAUGCGAGGCAUGUUGGACAAUAUUUUCGUUCCCCAUUCAUGGACGAAAUCCAGCAGUAGAAAGGUUAUUUUUUCAUCUACCGGGAGAACAGGCAUUGUACUUUAAAGAUGAUGACGAAAUGGAUGAUAUUGUGGGAAAAGCAACAGUUUCAAAAUCAAUGUUUAUAGGCUGGAUGGAAUGUAAUAAGAAAUAUGCAGAAGCCAGAAAGCUAACAUAUGUUGAAUUCGUUUCGAAGUUUGUUUAUGUAAAGAAAGAUAGAUGUUGGAAACCAAGGAAAACAGGAAAUACUAUUGGAAGGCUAAUUUGGGUACCUCCAAGUACUGGUGAAGUGUUUUAUCUUAGAAGAAUGCUAACCCAUGUAAAAGGUGCAACAUCAUACAUAGAUAUCAGAACAGUUAACAAUGUAACAUAUUCUAAAUUUAGAGAAGCUUGCUUAGCUCUAGGAAUUUUAACAAAUGAUACAGAACAUGUCGAAGCUAUAAAAGAAGCAAAAGAUUGGGGUUCCGGACAUUAUCUUAGAAAACAAUUUGUUACUAUCAUGUUGUCAAAUAGCAUUAAUCAUCCAGAAGAUCUAUGGAACCAAACAUGGGAGUGGCUUGCAGAUGGAAUUUUGUAUCGCGAGCGAAAUUUUUCCGAAAUUGCAGAUUUAACCAUUGGAACAAAAAUGCUCCAAAACCUGACUUUGGUCGAGAUAGAAAAAUUGCUUGAAGAUAAUAGAAGCAGUUUAAAAUUCUUCCCAACCAUGCCAUACCCAAAUGAUUUUGUUGUCCAAAAUUGUGGAAAUAGGCUUAUAUAUGCAGAACUGAAUUAUAACAUUGUUGAGCAACGAGAAUUGUUCCAAUCCAACUUAAGAUCAAUGACAGGUGAACAAAAGCAAAUUUUUGAAAGGAUUAGUAAGGUCGUUCUAAAUAAACAAGGAGGAGUAUUCUUUCUAUAUGGAUAUGGUGGAACUGGAAAAACUUUCAUGUGGAGAACACUGUCAACAACAUUUCGUUCUGAAGGAAAAAUUAUACCAGUACCAACAUUAGAUAAUUCAGUUUGCAAUAUCGAACAAGGAUCUGAAGCUUCAGAGUUGUUAAAGAAAGCUGAACAUAUUAUUUGGGACGAAGCUCCAAUGGCACACAAAUAUUGUUUUGAAGCAUUAGAUAGAACUUUGAAUGACAUAAUGAGUGGUAUGACAAAAGAGAACGUUGUUUUUGGUGGAAAAGUGAUAGUAUUUGGAGGUGACUUUAGGCAAAUCCUUCUUGUUAUACCUGGAGUAAUUCUCAGAUUCAGUAAUUCUCAGAUUGAAAUACCCAAGGAAUUUCUCAUUUCAGAGUUCAAUGAUCCGAUAGAAGGAAUUGUGAAUACAACAUAUCCAGAUUUAAUUCACAAGUACACAGAAGAAUCAUUUUUGCAGAGCAGAGCAAUAUUAGCAAGUAGAAUUGAGAUUGUCAAUCAAAUUAAUGAAUCCAUGCUAUCACUAAUUCCAGAUGCUGACACGUGUGCGGAGGCAAGAAGACAGAGGCGCGGUGGUGGUUCGUGUGCGCUGCGCAGGUUCGCGCGACGGAGCGGCACGUUGCUGUUCCAGGUUAAGCCGCCUAUGUGUAGUACACCAGUCCCCCAGCCUGUGCCGAUGUUUGUGGCAGGUGAAGGGGUGGCAAAUGUUAGAGGUCUAGUCAAAGGGGUUUUGCGCUGUCAUUUUGAGGUUGGUGACCUUUGGUGUGCGUUGUGA